AUGGCGUCCUCGGACCCACCAAGGCCAGACCUGUUCACCAAAGCACUCGCAUCCGCCUCUUCCCUCUUCCUCCUCCAGUUCUUCUCUCGUGUCUUUACCUUCAUCUUGAACCAGGCCCUCGUCCGCUAUGUCUCCCCGCAAGUCUUCGGCACCGCUGCGAUCCAGUUCGAGCUCCUGCUCUCCACUAUCCUCUUUCUAUCCCGCGAAGGCGUACGCAAUGCCCUCCUCCGCUCAUCCAGCGGCUCUGCGACCAAGUCUUCGGAUGCUACGCACCAGCUGCUCGUAGGGAACAUCGCGGUCCUGCCUACCUUGCUGGGUAUACCCGCCGCAAUCCUCAUAACGCUCUUCUACGUCGCUAGCACAUCCGAGGCCACCGCAUCGCAGCCGCACUUUCGCAUGAGCGUUACGAUAUAUGCUGUCGCGGCCUGCCUGGAACUCCUCUCUGAGUCUCUGUACAUCCGCACGCAAAACGAACUGCGCUUCGACCUUCGCGUCAGAGCCGAAGGAAUCGCCGUGGUCACGAAGACCACUGCAGCGUUCGCAGUACUCGUGAUCGGCGACGCCGAGUGGGCCUUGGUCGCCUUUGCUUUGGGCCAGGCCGCUUAUGGACUCGCAGUCCUCCUGACGUACGUUCACGCGUAUGGUCAUGGCGUUAGUCUCUGGCCGAGGAAGAUCACCACGGAGGUGCAUGGCAAUGUGGUCUCCAAGUAUUUUGAUCCAUCCCUGCUCAGUCUCUCGGCUGCGAUGGCGGGCCAGUCCGUGGUGAAGCAUUUUCUCACUGAGGGCGACAAGUUCCUCGUCUCCCGGCUGAGUCCUUUGGCAGACCAAGGUGGCUACGCGGUUGCCUCAAACUACGGCUCCCUGGUCGCCCGCAUGGUCUUCCAGCCCAUCGAGGAGACGUCCAGGGUGUUCUUCUCCAAAAGCCUAUCGGGCCAGAAGCCAGACCCAGGCGCCCUGCGCUCCGCCGCAAACGUACUCCUCGCCCUCCUCCUGCUCUUCACGCACCUGCUCCUCCUCCUCUACCUGCACACGUCCGCGCCGACGAUCCUGCGCACGUACGUCUAUUACAUCCCCAUGAUGGCCUUUAACGGCGUCCUCGAGGCGUUCUUCGCGUCCGCCGCGUCGCCCUCCGAUCUGCACAGACAGAGCCGCUGGCUCUUCGCGUUCUCGCUCGGUUUCGUCCUCGUCGCCGUCGGCCUCGCGAAGGGCGCGGGGCUCGGCGACGCGGGCCUGGUCUGGGCGAACGUCGUGAAUCUGCUGUGCAGGGCGCUGUACGCGUGGCGGUUCGCGGUGCGGUUCUUCCGCGAGAAGGGCGGGCGGGACUUGGUUGGCUGGAGGAUGGCCGUACCGCCGCUGCCGGUGCUCGUGGUGUUUGCCUGCGCGGCGGGGGCGACGAGGUGGAGUGAGAGGGUGUUUAGGGAUGCCCCGAAGCGACUUGUGGACCAGGGGGGACAUGUCGCGACGGCAGUGUGUUGUCUCGCUGGGUGUCUACUUGCGUGCUUCAUUUUUGAGAGGACGACCUUCGUCCAGUUGUUCUCGUCGCUACGAAAACGGUAG